AUGAAGGAGAGAUUCAAGUUUCUUCCUCUGCUGCUGGUCGUUUUCGCGCGACCUUCGCACCAGCAGCUCAGCCCUGAGCUGCUUGCCAAGUGGAACAUGACCCUGAACGACACGCUUCUCCUUUUGAAAAAUCUCGAGUUCCCGCCGCUUGAGAUUUUCGACUCGAUGGUCGCCCAAGGGGUGCUCAUCGGUCUCUACUCGGUCACUGGAGUGGCCGCUCUUUUGCUCAACGCGUUGCAAAUUUACAUCCUGCUCACCGGCCAAAGGUCGUCUGUGGGAGCUCUCCGCCCGUAUUUGAUCAACGUUUCUUGCGCAGACAUGCUGAUGGCCAUAUUCUCAAUUCCGUUCACGUACACGCAUUUCAUGCUCGGCCGUUGGAUUUUCCCGCCCUCCUGGUGUCCUGUGGUCCUCUACAUGCAGCAAGUGUCGGUGGUGGUUUCCGUGUACACGCUGGUCGCGAUGGGCUUUGACCGCUACAGGGCCAUAGUGCACCCCAUGCGACUGCAGAUCGGUCGCAAAAGAGCCCGUCGGUGCAUUUUCUCCAUCUGGACGCUCACUCUGGCCGCCUCGGCGCACAUUUUCUGGAUCACCAAGGCUGUUCCUUUCCGUUACAAUAGGCAGAAGUUGUAUGACUGCGCCGAGCAGUGGGACCCGCAGUCGAAAAUUUCACAAGUCUACACUUUCGUCGUAUUCGGGGCCACGUUUGGGUUGCCUCUCGCUUUGCUUCUUUGGGCUUAUUCAGUGACUUCCUGGACUUUGUGGUUUAGCCACAAAGCACCAAGAGUGCAGAUAGCUAAUGAGAACGAUUCAAACAGAAUGAAGAACAGAGUCAAGGUUUUCAAGAUCUCGGUGGCGAUUGUAGUCAGUUUUGUGGUUUGCUGGCUGCCGUUGCAAACCUUUGUCCUCUUGUACUAUUCCCUACCGGAAUUCCGGGUCUACCUCUCCGACUUCCACAAAAAUGUGUACGGCAUUGCCUACUUCUGCUGCCACUACCUGGCCUGCGUCAACAGUUGCAUCAACCCGCUGCUCUACUGCUUUAUGAACAAAAAUUUCAGGGAAGAUCUGGCCGACUUGUGUUACUCCAGAAUUUUGUGCCGCAGUCGAGUUGAGAGAAGGAGUUCAACUUCUCGAAAGUUUUCUGCCUCUCGGAAAAAUUCCAACAACUCACGGGUGCGUUUCAGCGCUCGCUCGUCUUCUUCAAAUGUACGAUUCGACUCGACGGUUGUGUGAAGAAAUAAAAUUUUUAUUCAUUAAUGUUGAUAUAUAUAUUUAAUUUAUUAUUGUUCAAUAAAAUAACACUUGUAAACACGUG